AUGUGGUUUAGAAAAAAUGACAUAGAAAAUGACUUGAAAAAAGUAGCUUUAUUAGACAUAGCUGAAGACUUAGGAAAAGCUACCGCCGAAAAACUGAAUGACAGUUACCCAGGAACUACUACUAUAUUCAUCGAAUGCGAUGUCAGCAAAGAAGAAAGCAUCGUCAAAGGUUUUGACGAAGUUAUUAAGGCCUUUGAAACUAUUGACGUCAUUAUUAAUAAUGCUGGUAUCUUGAACGAUUCGCCCCAUAUGUGGCGCACAGCGUGCGAUGUCAACUGGCAAGGACUUGUUUCCUUUACCCUUAGAGGCUUAAAUCACAUGAAAAAUGAUAAUAAUGGCAAAGGUGGUACCAUCAUUAAUAUAUCAUCUUUAAUACUGUUUGAAAAAAUGCAGUACCUACCAAUUUAUACUGGGUCUAAGUCUGCUGUGCUAUCGUUCGGUAGAACUUUAACGAUGGGACCUUUUUUCGAAAAUACUGGUGUAAGAAUCCUGACAAUGUGUUUUGGCGCCACAAACACUCCUAUGCUACAGAACUCGGGAAAAUGUUCCUAUGAUACAAAAUACGGAGAUGAAAUUACUAAUCAAAUAAAUGCAACUUACUGGCAAAAACCAGAAUCAGCUGUUAGAGGAGUUAUCGAUAUAUUCAAACAAGGAGAAUGUGGUUCUAUAUGGGUUGUUAAUAAAGAUAAACCUGCUGUUAACAUUACCUCAAUUAUUAAUGAUGCUUAUGAAUCAAUAGAAAAGGCAAUUUUUAUUUGA